AUGGCCAAUUCAAGAUAUGAAUAUGUUAAACAGUUUGAGAAAGAGAAUUAUUUAUUACAAGAUUGCUAUAUCAUAAUUAGAGUUGAUGGGAAAUCAUUUCAUAAAUUUUCAUCUCAUUAUAAUUUUAAUAAACCAAAUGAUGAAAAAGCAUUAGAAGUAAUGAAUUUAACAGCAGAGAAAAUAAUGAAUAAAUAUGAUGAUAUAUUAAUGGCAUAUGGCGAUUCAGAUGAAUAUUCAUUCUUAUUAAGAAAAUCAUGUAGUUUAUUCGACCGACGAGAAAUGAAAUUAAUUACAUUAUUUAGUUCAUUAAUGUCAUGUUAUUAUAUAUAUUAUUGGCAGAAACUUAUAGGUCAAUUAGAUGAAGAUCAUCUACCUUUAUUUGAUGCUAGAGCUAUAUUAUAUCCAAAUUUCAAUUUAGUAAGAGAUUAUUUUUCAUGGAGACAAGUUGAUUGUCAUAUUAAUAAUUUAUAUAAUACUACAUUUUGGAAUUUAGUUAAAUUAGGAUUAACACCACAAGAAUCAGAAAAGAAGUUAAUGGGGACUAUAUCAUCUGAUAAACAUGAAAUAUUAUUCAAAGAAUGUGAUAUAAAUUAUAAUAAUGAACCAGAAAUGUUUAAAAAGGGAACUAUAUUAGUUAAACAAUUUGAUAAUUAUGAAAUGCAAUCAAAUAAUUUAACAAUACGACAAAAACAAAGAUAUGAUAAGAAAUUAAAGAAACAAUCAAUAAUAGUUAAAUAUCAUAAUGAUAUAAUAAAUGAUAAUGAAUGGUGGAAUAAUAAACCGUGGUUAAAAGAUUAA